AUGUCUGCUAACAAAAGAUUUCAUUUGAUCAGCGAUCUUAAACCCUUUAAGGAUGCGUCCCGUGUUCAAGUGAAACUGAUUCACUCAUGGAUACAAAACCCACCUUACGCUGAUGAAACAUUAGAAAUGGUUUUAGCUGAUCAAACUGAUGCUAAAGUUCAGUGCUCGUGCAAGAGAACUCUCAUUAAGCGAGUCCAACGUAACCUUCCUCUUGGAAAAUGGCGUGUUAUUCAGAACAUGAAAAUAUCUGGAACCGGUGGCAAAUACAAACCGACAAAACUGGGCUAUAAGAUGAAUAUCACAAACGAUACCGUUUUUACAGAUUCGGAUCUCACUGGCGAUAGCAGCUUUUUAUCUCUAGCAAGUUACAAAGAGAUAUUGAAUGGAAGUGCUGAUACUAAGUGUCUUAUUGACAUAAUAGGCCAAGCUAUUGAUAUUGGUGAGGUUCAGAUCAUCCAAGUUCAUAAUGAAGACAGGAAAAGGAUUCUGUUUCGCAUACGAGACAACAUUGGUAAUGCUUUGGCAUGUUGUCUUUGGGGCCGUUAUGCUGAGCAAAUCGAACAUCAUCUUGAGAAACAUGUUGGUGAAGACAUUGUUUGCUUGAUAAGAUUUUCUAAAAUCAGUGAAUUUGGAGGUGAAGUUUAA